AGAUACUCAAUUCAAUUUGAUCUUCAGAUAAUCAACAAAUACUUUUUUAGUAUAAAUAUGUCCCAUUCUGUAUUUGGGACAUACAUAUUACACUGUUGUUUAUCUGAAAUUCAAAUUUAAGUGGGUGUCCUGUACUUUAUCUGGCAACCCUACUAAAGGAGCUCAAUUAAGUAUUUGCUAACUUAAUAGACUGAAGGUCUCGUUUCACCUGUAAAAUGGGGCUCGUACCUGUCCCUGCCUCCAUAAGGUUGAUGGGCACAGUAGAUGGCAUUCAGUGAGCCCUCAAUUUAUAUGACUGCCUGGGACCAUCCGGUGAGCAGAAAGCCCUUCCACUUUCAAAUACAGAGACGAUAAAAAGGCCUCUUCGAGGCCAGAGGUGCCCAGGCCAGGCCUAGGUGGCCCGCACCUGCGAGCCUGGCCAGCCUCUUCCGGGUCAGGUGACCGCGCGCGGUCACGUGACCCGGUCCGAGUGCGGGCGGUGGAAGGCGGAAGUAGGAGAGGAGUUCGGCGCCGCUUCUGUGGCCACGGCAGCUUCACGGUGAUGAUAUGGCAUCUGCCAGCUCUAGCCGGGCAGGAGUGGCCCUGCCUUUUGAGAAGUCUCAGCUCACUUUGAAAGUGGUGUCCGCAAAGCCCAAGGUGCAUAAUCGUCAACCUCGAAUUAACUCCUACGUGGAGGUGGCGGUGGAUGGACUCCCCAGUGAGACCAAGAAGACUGGGAAGCGCAUUGGGAGCUCUGAGCUUCUCUGGAAUGAGAUCAUCAUCUUGAAUGUCACGGCCCAGAGUCAUUUAGAUUUAAAGGUCUGGAGCUGCCAUACCUUGAGAAAUGAACUGCUAGGCACAGCGUCUGUCAACCUCUCCAACGUCUUGAAGAACAAUGGGGGCAAAAUGGAGAACACGCAGCUGACCCUGAACCUGCAGACGGAGAACAAAGGCAGCGUUGUCUCAGGCGGAGAGCUGACAAUUUUCCUGGACGGGCCAACUGUUGAUCUGGGAAAUGUGCCUAAUGGCAGUGCCCUGACAGAUGGAUCACAGCUGCCUUCGAGAGACUCCAGUGGAACAGCAGUAGCUCCAGAGAACCGGCACCAGCCCCCCAGCACAAACUGCUUUGGUGGAAGAUCCCGGACGCACAGACAUUCAGGUGCUUCAGCCAGAACAACCCCAGCAACCGGCGAGCAAAGCCCCGGUGCUCGGAGCCGGCACCGCCAGCCCGUCAAGAACUCAGGCCACAGUGGCUUGGCCAAUGGCACAGUGAAUGACGAACCCACAACAGCCACUGAUCCCGAAGAACCUUCCGUUGUUGGUGUGACGUCCCCACCUGCUGCACCCUUGAGUGCGACCCUGAAUCCCAACACGACUUCUCUCCCUGCCCCAGCCACACCGGCUGAAGGAGAGGAACCCAGCACUUCGGGUUUGGGUACACAGCAGCUCCCAGCGGCUGCCCAGGCCCCCGACGCUCUGCCUGCUGGAUGGGAACAGCGAGAGUUGCCCAACGGGCGUGUCUAUUAUGUUGACCACAAUACCAAGACCACCACCUGGGAGCGGCCCCUUCCUCCAGGCUGGGAAAAACGCACAGAUCCCCGAGGCAGGUUUUACUAUGUGGAUCACAAUACUCGGACCACCACCUGGCAGCGUCCGACCGCGGAGUACGUGCGCAACUAUGAGCAGUGGCAGUCGCAGCGGAAUCAGCUCCAGGGGGCCAUGCAGCACUUCAGCCAAAGAUUCCUCUACCAGUCUUCGAGUGCUUCGACUGACCAUGAUCCCCUGGGCCCCCUCCCUCCUGGCUGGGAGAAGAGACAGGACAAUGGACGGGUGUAUUACGUGAACCAUAACACUCGCACGACCCAGUGGGAGGAUCCCCGGACCCAGGGGAUGAUCCAGGAAACGGCUCUGCCCCCAGGAUGGGAGAUGAAAUACACCAGCGAGGGGGUGCGAUACUUUGUGGACCACAAUACCCGCACCACCACCUUUAAGGAUCCUCGCCCGGGGUUUGAGUCGGGGACGAAGCAAGGUUCCCCUGGUGCUUAUGACCGCAGUUUUCGGUGGAAGUAUCACCAGUUCCGUUUCCUCUGCCAUUCAAAUGCCCUACCUAGCCACGUGAAGAUCAGCGUUUCCAGGCAGACGCUUUUCGAAGAUUCCUUCCAACAGAUCAUGAACAUGAAACCCUAUGACCUGCGCCGCCGGCUCUACAUCAUCAUGCGUGGCGAGGAGGGCCUGGACUAUGGGGGCAUCGCCAGAGAGUGGUUUUUCCUCCUGUCUCACGAGGUGCUCAACCCUAUGUAUUGUUUAUUCGAAUAUGCCGGAAAGAACAAUUACUGCCUGCAGAUCAACCCCGCCUCCUCCAUCAACCCGGACCACCUCACCUACUUUCGCUUUAUAGGCAGAUUCAUCGCCAUGGCACUGUACCAUGGAAAGUUCAUCGACACGGGCUUCACCCUCCCUUUCUACAAGCGGAUGCUCAACAAGAGACCAACCCUGAAAGACCUGGAGUCCAUUGACCCCGAGUUCUACAACUCCAUUGUCUGGAUCAAAGAGAACAACCUGGAAGAAUGUGGCCUGGAGCUGUACUUCAUCCAGGACAUGGAGAUCCUGGGCAAGGUGACGACCCACGAGCUGAAGGAGGGCGGCGAGAGCAUCCGGGUCACGGAGGAGAACAAGGAAGAGUACAUCAUGCUGCUGACUGACUGGCGUUUCACCCGAGGCGUGGAAGAGCAGACCAAAGCCUUCCUGGAUGGCUUCAACGAGGUGGCCCCGCUGGAGUGGCUGCGCUACUUUGACGAGAAAGAGCUGGAGCUGAUGCUGUGCGGCAUGCAGGAGAUAGACAUGAGCGACUGGCAGAAGAGCACCAUCUACCGGCACUACACCAAGAACAGCAAGCAGAUCCAGUGGUUCUGGCAGGUAGUGAAGGAGAUGGACAACGAGAAGAGGAUCCGGCUGCUGCAGUUUGUCACCGGUACCUGCCGCCUGCCCGUCGGGGGAUUUGCCGAACUCAUCGGUAGCAACGGACCACAGAAGUUUUGCAUUGACAAAGUUGGCAAGGAAACCUGGCUGCCCAGAAGCCACACCUGCUUCAACCGUCUGGAUCUUCCACCCUACAAGAGCUACGAACAGCUGAGAGAGAAGCUGCUAUAUGCCAUUGAGGAGACCGAGGGCUUUGGACAGGAGUAACCGAGGCCGCCCCUCCCACGCCCCCCAGCGCACACGUAGUCCUGAGUCCUCCCUGCCUGAGAGGCCACUGGCCCCGCAGUCCUUGGGAGGCCCCCGUGGAUGUGGCCCUGUGUGGGACCACACUGUCAUCUCGCUGCUGGCAGAAGAGCCUGAUCCCAGGAGGCCCUGCAGUUCCCCCCACCCGCGGAUGGCAGUCUGGAAUAAAGCCCCCUAGUUGCCUUUGGCCCCACCUUUGCAAAGUUCCAGAGGGCUGACCCUCUCUGCAAAACUCUCCCCUGUCCCCUAGACCCCACCCUGGGUGUGUGUGAGUGUGCAAGGGAAGGUGUUGCAUCCCCAGGGGCUGCCGCAGAGGCCGGAGACCUCCCGGACUAGUUUGGCGAGGAGACUGGCCACUGAGGGUGGCUGUUCUGGACUGAGAGAGCCAAGGGUCUUUGCCAGCAAAGGAGGUUCUGCCUGUAAUUGAGCCUCUCUGAUGAUCGAGAUGAAGUGAAGGUCUGAGGGAGAGGGCCCUGGGGCGAGGCCAUCUCUGCCUGCCUCCCUAGCAGGCGCCAGCGGUGGAGGCUGAGUCGCAGGACACAUGCCGGCCAGUUAAUUCAUUCUCAGCAAAUGAAGGUUUGUCUAAGCUGCCUGGGUAUCCAUGGGACAAAAACAGCAAACUCCCUCAGACUUUCUUUGUCCAUUUAUAAACUUGAAGCGGUUGUGUUGUAGGGUUGCAGUUUUUUUUGUUACGCUGCUGUCACUUUCUGUCCAGGAGCUGGCACCCCAGGUGUUCUGAGACCUUGAGGGACCCAGGCCUUUGGGUCCAAGAGUUUCCCAAACAGCCACGCCUCUCAGGAACCCACCUGGCAGUUCCGUGAGCUCAGGCGGGCCUGACCCGGCGGCACAGCCUGGCAGGGACCUCGUUCCCAAGCCUGGCAGAAUGGGAGGGGUUGAGGUCCCGAGCGCCACUCCUAGCCUUGCUGCCUUCAAUAGAGAAGAAAUCCCUUUGCUAGAUAGGGUCCCCCAGGCAGUCCCCAGUGGCGGGAUACAGGGGUCUGGCUGUGGAGCUCCCCUGCCAGCCCCUGGAGCUCCAGGUGGGCCUGUUGGUCCCCUGUUCAGAAUGGAGUGCAGCCCGGCCAGCGGAAAGUGUUCAUUCUGCAUAGGUGUGAGGCUUUAUCUGCACACAGAUAAGGCCCUGAGCUGCUGCAUAGCCCAAUCUGAUUUCUGCAGUUCCCGUCAGCCUCCAACACGGGGACUCUGCCAUAAUUGGAAUCUUCAUAGGUGACCAUGCCCCACCGGGAUGCUGGGGCAGUAGUCAUGGCAGACUCCCGGCCCGGGCCCCCAGGAUUCUAGGACCCCAGGCAGCCCCUUGGACUGGUCCCGGGUGCCUUCCAAGCACAGUCUCCAUGCUCCCAGAUUCUCGACCUUCCCCCGGCCCGGGAGGUGGAGCCUGUGUCUGCCUCUGUCGUGUGUGCUGAUUUGAGUGGCUUAGCUUGCCACAGCGCAACCUCUUCUAUCCCUUUCAGUCAUUUGCUGUACUUCCCUGCGGCACGUUACCACGGAAGCCGCUCCAGGGUGGGUCAGGGUGCAAGCUGCUGGUGAGGUUUGGAAGCAUCAGGCUCACGGGUGUUCAUGUGUGUUCGUGCGUGUGUGUGUGUACGUGUAUAUAACUGAAGUGUCUGUACGGAAUGCCCUUUGCUAGCCAUGGGCUGGUCACCAGAUUGUUUUGUAAUGCCUGCCCCUUGCCUCGAUAUUGCCAGUUUCUUGUGCAAUAAACAAUCAGCAGCU